UGUAAAUAUUUAUGUUUCAGUUGGGUCACAUAUUAUUGUGUUUUCUUUUGUUAAACUAAAACUAUAAAAUCCAUCAAAUCAAGUAAAUCUCAGUUGUGUAAUACCAAAACAUAUUUCUUAGGAAAAUAUAAAAGUUUUACAUAUCUGCUUCUGUUUGGAACAUAAUAUUUAACGUGCCUUAUUUUCUUCCUAACUUACCAACUUUUAGAAUGUGUUUAUAAAGAUAAGAUUAAAUAAAAUCAUAUGAUUGGUUUAGUAAAUUGGUGUACAUUUACAUCACACGUAUCUGUGUAAUGUAAAAAUUAUGUUACAUUCAAGAUAUUGUCAAUAUUCGUAGUAAUCGAUGUGGAAUCUAACUACUUUAAUACUUACAUUUCUUUUGGUGUUAGAAGCUAGUAAUACCAGUGAUCAAAACAUGGAUUCAAAGGCCCUUUCAUCAGCUAUUGCCAAAUUUUCAGCCAAAUUCUGUGUUGAAUUGGAAAAGGGUAAGAGUGUUGUGUCAUCACCACUAUCUGCUGAGUUUGUGUUAGCUCUGUUGACUCUUGGUACCACAGAACCUGCACAUAGUGAGCUUCUGACUGCCCUCGGAAUCCCAAAUGAUGACUCCAUCCGUUCAUCAUUCUCUGAGGUGUCAUCCAAGUUGAAGUCUUUGAAAGGAGUUACAUUUAAUGUAGCAAACAAAGUGUACCUCAAGGAAGGUCCUUAUGACCUGUCACCUUCUCUGAAAGUGGACGCUGAGAAAGUCUUCAAUGCAGGCAUUGAAAAGAUUGACUUCAAUAAUUCUGCAGCCGCUGUUCAGGAUAUUAACAAAUGGGUUGAAAGUCAAACCAAUGAAAAGAUUAAAGAUCUGCUCUCGUCAGACAGUGUAGAUGGGGAUACUCGCCUGGUACUUAUCAAUGCUCUCUAUUUCAAAGGAACAUGGAAAAAGCAGUUCGACCCGCAGAACACAAUGAACCAACCCUUCCACAUUACUGCUAGUUCUUCAGUGGAGGUCCCCAUGAUGUACAGAGAGGAUGAUUAUUUGUAUGGAGAGAGCAGCGAGCUUCAGGCUCAGCUAUUAGAAAUGCCGUACGUGGGAGAAGAAGCAUCAAUGCUGAUUGUGCUUCCAAAUGAGAUCGAGGGUCUCGACGGCGUACUCUCCAAGCUGGCGUCUGGCUUCGACCUCAUGUCGGAGAUUGGCAAAAUGUACAGAACUAAAGUACAAGUUACUAUCCCCAAGUUUAAGAUUGAGACCGAGAUUGACUUAACCGAAGUGUUGCCCAAGCUCGGAAUAAAAUCGAUUUUCAACCGUGACAAUUCGGGACUGACAAAGCUUCUAAAUGUGGCCGAACCUCUGUUCGUGUCGAAGGCGGUGCAGAAAGCCUUCAUUGAGGUGAACGAGGAGGGAGCUGAGGCCGCGGCGGCUACCGCGAUGGUGACGCGGCGCGCGCGGUCGCUGGCGCCGGUGUUCGCGGCGGACCGCGCGGCGCUGUGGCUGGUGCGCGCGGCGGGCCACGCGGCCGUGCUGGCCCGCUACCGGCCCGUGGCUCCGCGCGAUGAACUAUAGUGCUGUGUGUGGCGCAGGCAUGGUGGUAAUGCUGCGCUGCGCUCGCCCGCCGUCGCCCCGCUUCCGCGCUGACCGGCCUUUCCUCUACCUGCUGUUUGGCGCUGACCGCGCCUUGCUCUUCAUCGGGGCCUAUCGCGGCAGAGACUAAACAGACCUCGCGAGCGACGACCCUACUUUACCACGGACACCAAGUCGAUUGAUAACGAUGUCGCUUUGACAGUAUGCUCGAACUCACGGUGUUAAUAAAUUAAGCACACUUACACACUUGUAAUAUUUCUUAACCAUUAAAGUAUCGACAUAAUAGCGUACAAAAGUUGUAAUAGAGGAGUCAGCAGUAAAUGCAGUGAUCAAAUAUAAUAAUAUUAAUAUUAAUUUGAUCACACCAUAGACCAAUAAACUGGUCAUAUCAUUGAUCACCUCAACUGAUAUAGAACAUUAGUAAUAUUAUUAUAAUAACAUUCCAUAAGUUCUGUAGAAAAUGAAAUGUAUUUCUCGAAUAGUGGCGUACUUCACGUUUAUUAACACCGCAAUUAAAUAUGUUAACAAUAUUAUAUUAAAUAUGUUGUAUGAUAUUACAUACUAAGUUAUGCUUGAUAUUCGUUUAUUAAUUAAAUGUUUAAUUUUUUAACUAGC